UGGUCGCUCGUUUUCGCCUUCAAAAGAAUUUGAACAAAAGAGAGGCAAUUCUUUAUUUUAUUUACUUCACUCGUUCACUUACUUUACUACUGUGUGAUUCCUCAUGUCUGCCGGUUUCCUACUCCAGCCAAAAUAACCUUGAUUUUUUAUUCUGCACCUGCGCAAUAGUCUCCGGGGCUUUAUUUUCGACUUAAUCUAUCCAGGCUGAAUUUGCAAAGGCACCGGCACAAUGUUUAAAGACUUCACCUUCUCUCCGCGCCCCCGCGUCACCUUCGACGGCGAUGAUCGCCUCAUGGUCGACAGCGACAGUUCGCUGGUCUCUCCACUAUCCUCGCGCUGUCCAUCUCCUGGUCCUUUUACCUCGCAGCCACAGGGCCAGCGAUUCCCCCGAUCGGUGCGACCAUCUCUUCUCCGUUCCCGACAGCCCUCUCUCCCGCCGACCUCGGUCCCCGCCGACCACCAGCACGGCGGGUUGUCCAUCGAGACCCUCACCAAGAAACUCCACGAACAUACCCUGCAACAGCAGAACCAACAACAACAGCAACCUGAUCCCAGGAACAAUGCGCAAGAAGAAUGUCUCUCCCCACACUCCCUCCCCGAACUCGUCCCCGGCUCUGGUCUCCCAGGCUACUUCCUCACGCCCCCAGACACAGACGUCGACCACGACGAUGAAUCAUCACUCCACGGCGACGUCGACAACGAGUCAACACUCACCUCGCCGACUGUCUCGCAUAUCCAAACACCCUUCCUAAGCCCGACAUCCGUACCAUCAGAGUUCUUGCACACAGAUAGCAACAACGCGCACGAGGCGAUCAACGUCCGCGCACAGAGACAGCAGAUCUCGCAGAUCCAGUGCAGCGUAACAGAUAUCGAGGCGAUUCGUCGAGCACUUAUCUGCUGCGCUGAGGAGGAUAGUCCCAUGGAUACGUUUGGGGAGUAUGAUUGCCAUCCUAGUUCGUUGCCGCCGAGGCGGUCUCCGCGUCGGAGAACCGUUACGAUGAACCGGAGUCGUUCGCGGCCUGUGGGGGCUAGUGGUUCGGGCUCUAGCUCUGGUUCGGGAGUAGGGGAUUUGGAGCAAGGGUAUCGAGGACGACGGAAGAGUAGCUCCGGUGCUCUCUUGCAAUCGUUCUCAUCACGGAUUGAUAAGAACUACUAUCCGUCGUCGUCGAGCCGGGAGAUGCGCAAGAAGAGUGAGCAGGGACUUAGGAGGAAGAGUCUGGUUAGUGCUGCAUUGGCGUCUAUGGUGGAGCACUGUCUUUAAUGUUGUAUCUGUAUUUGUAUUUGUAUCAUAGUUCCCUUCUUGUAUAUAGUAUGCUUGUACUUGACAAAGAUACCCAUCUACCACCUACCCUAAUUCAUCGUACUUUGUACGCAGGCUACGCCUGAUCCCCUUCCAGCCCAACCAACCCCAGCGAAACCUCCCACAAUCUCCCCUCCCCCAUCUCAUCAAAAGCAUGUCUCUCAAACCCCGGGUCAAAACUCCGAUACCCCUCCUCCACCAUCCCCCCAACUCUACAAUCCUCCAAAUACUCCCCGCCCACACCCUCGUACUCCCGCCCA